ACCGGUUUGUCCGAAAAGCCUGGUGUGUACGACAAUGUUCUGGAGCAUGAGGAUUCUCCUGUGUAUGAUUCCUCGCCACAUAUCUGGCACCACACAGAACCGGUCGACAUCUCUCCGGAUGAGCCGUACAGCUGUUACCCCUUGCCUUGUGAUGCAGUCAAGGAAUCUUCAAUGCUGUCCUUGAGCAAUCACAUCAAUACGCCUCAAGACACAAACUCUCUUCAGUUCAUCGGCAGUGUUGGUGUCGGCGGUGGCCAGGGAAACAGUGAUUGCAUCUAUGGUUCCUGUGACGACCAUGAUACCUUUGGCGUCGCUGGUCAUGGAUGGUAUGGUCCCGGCAAUGGAGAGGAUCCUGGCGAUCUCUGGAACCCUGCAGUUGCCACUCAUACUGGUAUGCAGACCAAGAUGGCUCUGGCUGCUCCAGUUGCUGCUUCUGAACUUGGUGGAGCUCAAGUGAAGAAGUCCCGCCCAUCUCCAGGUCACUUCAUCUUGAUGGGUCACGCAAUGCUCUACGGUAUCGUCAGUGCCUCUACCAAUGCCAAGGUCUUGUGUGGAGAAGAGUCUUGGACCAACUGCUUCAAGCAAUGCUCCACUGAAGCAGCUGACGCCAUCACGCCCGUUGGAGGAUUCCUCCUAAAGGAGAAAGUGUUUGGUCAUUAGAAUGACAUCAAGCAGAUUGGCCUUCAAGAGUUGUUGGGUUCCUUCAUUGCCCCAACAUGAAACGCAUCAAAAUGAUGUGUUGGUUGUUCACGUGGUUAGAUUGUUUCAAACCAAGGCAACAACUUGCUUCAUAACUCACAAAUAGUACAUUAACAAUCUGUUGCAUG